AUGGCGGCUCCACCGUGCUCUAGCGACGGCGCCGCCGCCCGAGGCAAUAUAGCUAGGUGGCUGAAGAAACACGGCGAUAAAGUUUCUCCUGGUGAAGUACUCUGUGAAGUUGAAACUGAUAAAGCUACGGUUGAGAUGGAAUGCAUGGAAGAAGGCUAUCUUGCCAAGAUAAUAAAGGGGGACGGAUCCAAAGAGAUCAAAGUUGGUGAGGUCAUUGCUAUUACAGUUGAAGAAGAGGAAGACAUCUCAAAGUUUAAAGAUUAUAGUCCUGCAUCUGAUGCUGGUUCUGCUGCUGUAAAAGGGCCUUCAACUCCUACCUCACCCAAGCAGGAAGCAGUGGAGGAACCAGUCAGUGCAUCAGAGCCAAAAGUUUCCGAGCCAAAAGUUUCCAAGCCCAGCACUGCUCCUGCCGAAGAUCGUAUCUUUGCCAGUCCUCUUGCUAGGAAGGUGGCUGAAGAGCACAAUAUACCUCUUUCAAGCAUCAAAGGAACAGGUCCUGAUGGACGCAUUAUAAAGGCUGACAUUGAAGAUUACCUAGCUUCUGGCAAAAAGGGUGUUUCAGCUGCAAGUGCCAAGGCUAAGGAUACAAAAGGUCCAGCUUUGGAUUAUAUUGACACACCUCCUUCUCAGAUAAGAAAGGUUAUAGCUUCCCGUUUAUCACUCUCAAAGCAGACUAUCCCCCAUUAUUAUCUAACAGUAGAUACAUGUGUUGACAAACUCAUGGAGCUAAGGAGCCAACUCAAUUCAAUACAAGAAGCUUCUGGGGGCAAGCGCGUAUCUGUAAAUGAUCUUGUUAUUAAGGCUGCAGCCUUGGCUCUUCAAAAAGUUCCUCAGUGCAAUAGUUCAUGGACAGAUGACAACAUCCGCCAGUAUAAAAAUGUGAAUAUCAAUGUAGCAGUCCAGACAGAUCAUGGGCUCUUUGUCCCGGUCGUCAAGGUGAAUUUCAAUUCUGGUUUAUCUAAAAUUGCUGAAGAGGUAGCACUUGGCACAAAAAGCAAGGAAAAUAGCUUAAAGCCAGAAGAGUUCGAGGUUGGACCUUUGGCGGCACAUUUUACAGUGUCCAAUUUGGGAGGUCCCUUCGGUAUCAAGCAAUUCUGUGCUGUUAUUAAUCCUCCUCAGGCAGCAAUUCUUGCAGUUGGAACCGCUGAGAAGCGGGUCGUUCCUGGUACGGGUCCCGAACAGUUCAAAUUUGCAUCAUUCAUGUCUGUGACAUUAAGCUGCGAUCAUCGUGUAAUAGACGGUGCAGUUGGUGCAGAAUGGCUGAAAGCAUUUAAAGGAUACAUUGAAAAUCCAGAGUCAAUGUUGCUCUAAACUACUAAUUGGUGGUAAAUGAGCCAUACUCCUAGUUAUUACAUUUCGCUUUUUGGUUCUCCUGUUUUCACGAGAAACACCAAACUCAUUCACAAUCCAACUGUUUCAUCCGGCUGGUUGUUUUACUCUCAAGACUGUACUGCUUGCUUUCUUCCGCCAUAAUAGUGUAAAGCAAAGUUCAAAAUCUUUGAAUAAAAGAGAGGAGUGUUAGAAACUAAACUGCUAGAUUGUAUACCGGGAUUUUGCUCCGGAAGAGUGUAAUGACACCCUUGAAGCAGAGAUCACGCUGCCCUGAUUUCCCGAUGUUGUAUACCAAUUACACAUAAUUUAUGGUUUCUAGAUAUUGCACCUCACUCAGUAAAAAUCAGUUAGCCAAAGGGGGCGAAGUUGAGGUCGUGUUCUUGAAUAUAGAUUAUAUAGCUUUCCUGUUAUGAGUUACAUUAUCUGAGAUUAUCUUAUCAACCAUGUGUUUCGCCCUACAGGAGUGAUUUAUCACUGCAUAAUUUUAGCUUUGACAGUGAAUAUUCUGGGACCAAUUUUUACAUGUCUAGACUGAAUCUAUAUACACCUUACAAAGUGCUAUGCUGUACUUCUUGAAUUUGGUAGGUAAAUUUUGUACUUCCGCAGUAUAUAACACUCUGUAAUAAAAAACAGGAGCAGUAAAUACCUCUUGCCUUCA